AUGUAAAAGCUAUAUCUCCUAUUUUGGCCUUCAUAAUCUCAGACAAAACACUCAGAUGAAGUUUACUUAAAUAUUAGUGGAUCCCUUUUUUCUUGGAUUACUUUUUAAAAACCAUUAGAAAUGAUAAAUUCAGUCCAAUUAAAUAUUCUUAUUAGCGUAUUAUAUACAUUUCUACAUUCAACCAUGUUCAUAGUUUUUUGCUUUUCCCUAUAUAAUUGGUAAAUAAUUUCAAAAGUUUUUACAUUUUAUAUUUCAUACUUUUAGUUGUUAAUCUUAUAUCACACUGAAAUACAUCAUCUAAAUUAAAAGUUUGAUUUGCCAAUUACUGUACCAUUGGGUGUAUAACUUUACAUUAACUACUUGAUUAUUGUUUAUUGUUCGCGUAAUUACUUUAUCAUUUCAUAACAACAUAUGCUUAGACGAUAUUCAUUUUAUAAUUAUCUAAUUGUACUUGCCGAUUUUUUAUAUUUUAUUACGUUUUCACUAUGCUCUGAUUAUGUAUCCAAAUAUUCAUUGUUGUUGCUGAGUUUUGUAUACUUUAUAGAUGCCAUUAUUAUGUAACCAUAUUGCAUUAAAAUAAAUCUCUUUUACAUAGGAGCAACAUCAGUUUUUCUUAUAUCAGUAGUUAUUAGGAUAGCACUUUGGUAGGAGUCUUUAUACACUCAAUUUUAUACUAUUAGCUUGAUAGUACCUCUCUGUUCCUAUGUCCUUAUGAAAAUUUAUUCAACUAUUUGCGACAAUAUAUUCCAGUAAAAGCUUUCAAUAUCCUUAAUCCUACAUUUAGGAGAGAUAAUUAACCACCAUAAUUAAACUUCAAUCUAAAAGGGAGUGGGAGACUAUAUAAUAAAACAGUUUAUAGAUGUGUAGACUUUGAAUGUUUAAAGUAUACUUCAAUUGCUAGAGUUUCAUUUAAGAAAUUUAGAGAAAACUGGUGAUUUGGAAGAAAUCUAGUUAUAUAGAAUCCUAUUAAAGCAUGAAAUUUAGGGAACUUAUUUAUAAAGCUUAUUGGAGACAAAAAGAUACUAGAUUCAAAAUAGAAAACAUUCAUUGUUUUUUAAAACAAUUGGAUUUUUAAUUAGUAAAAAGUACGAUUAAUAGAUUUAAGAUUUGUAUUCAGGUGAGAGUAAGUCUGCCUAAAAUCAUCAUUAUUAAAUUAUUAAGAUCAAGGAGACUGAUAAUUUAUUUUAAAAUUACGUUGGCCUAUUCACUAGUUUACUUGAGUAAAAGAUAUACAUUUGGAAUUAAUUAUAAUAGGGGUAUGAUAAAAUAGAGAACACUGUAAACGAUUUAACUAAAAUGUAUGAGAUCCUUAAUAAAUUGAAUUACUAAAUUCUUUCAAUUUUAGAACCUUAGGAGAUGGGAUAAAUCUUAAAAGUGUAAACAUUAAAAAGAUUCAAUAUUGUAGAAUUAAGAUUGCUAUCUCUUUACUAUUCUUUUCUAUUAAAUGAUUACUAGUAAACUAAAAAUGUUGAAAUCUACAUUGAGGAAUUGAUAAGAAUGGAAAACAAUUAAAUCACUUCAUCACUUUUAAAUUUAAAUAUCUUGAAUAAUGAUUAAAUUAUUAUUAGUUCCAGUAUUUUAGAAUAAACAGGAAAAAUGAUCAAAUCUAAUACUGAAGAGAUUAGUAGAUUUUUUGGAUAUGAUGAAAAUUAUAAAAAAUAGAAUCUUACUCUUAUUAAUUUGUAUAUGCCAAAGUUUAUCAGUUAAGAUCAUGAUAAAUUUAUUUAGAAGUUUAUAAAUAAAGGAAAUUCAACUUUAUACAAUUAAGGAAAAUAAGUUUUUUGUAAAGAUUAUGAAGGAUUCAUAUUUCCGAUAAUGUUAAGCUUUUUGCAUAUAAAUGAAAAAUCUGAAGACUUUAUCUUGACAACGUCUUUGUAAAAAAUUAAGUCAAAUUAAGAUUAUAUUCUUUUUGACUAAAAUGGAAAAAUCUUAGGAAUUUCUAAGUAUGCUUAUUCUAUUUUAAUCAACAGUCAGACUCACAAUGGUUCCACUUAAUCAUUUUAAUCGGCAAUAGAUUAAUCUAUUUAUGAAUGUUAUAUAUAAUUUUGGAUUCCUAAUGUAGAUACCUUAAUUUAGAAUUCUAACUUUGAUCAUGAUAAAGGUUAAAUUAAUUAAUUGAUUCUUGAAUUAUCAAUAUUAGCGAACUUCAUGCAAUAUUUAUAUUAUUUUAAAUAAUACCAAAAUAUUAAUCCUCAUUUUAGUAAAGAGGCCUCUUAUUUUCAGGAAUUCUUGCAAUAUUUUAAAAGAUAAUUGUCUAAUCAAUCCUAUAUGAUUAGUGUUUUUUAGUAUGAAGUUCAAAUCUAAAUGCAUCUAUUGCCUACUGGUUAAUUCUACUACAUUUGCAGCAUGUCAAAAUAAUAAAAGGAUGUUUAAUCGAUGCUCAGUUUUGAUAAAGAAGCAUCAACGUAUUAGGAAGAGUUAAUGAACAAAUAAUAUCAUGAUCGUGCUCAAACUCCAAUUAUACAAAUAUCGCCAAAAUUAAUUACAGAACUAGAAAAAAGCACUGAAAUGGCACUAUUAACUAAUAGAGUGAUAGAAAAGCAAUAAUUGAUCAAAGAAAUAACUACAGAUAGAAAAGAUGAAUAGGUGUUAUCUAAUAGAAACAGUUAAUAGAUUAUUAAUAAGCAUAAUAGCAGCUAGUAUGAAAGACAAAAAAGUGAUGCUAUAAUAGAAUUUGAUGAUUAAAAAAUAUCAUAAUCAAGUCGACAGCCAAAAAAUACUAACUCUUAGGUGUAGGAUUAAAUCAGAGACCUAUAACAAAAUAAAGGGUAAUGUGUUUCUAUUAAAAAGAUUUGGAUUAUUACUACAUUCCUAUAUUUUAGUAUAUAUUUAUUGGUAGUGGUAAUGUUAAGCAUUUUAUCUUUACAAAAUUAAUUGUUAUAAUACGAUAUUGAUUUGGUUAAAAUCCCCGAUUAAUUCAAUAGACUCUAUUGUUCAUUUGCUACUAUAGGAUAAAUGGAUUUAGAAAGGUCAUUAUUGGGGAAAGAUUACGGACCGUAUCUAAGUUACAGAAAUAUAAAUGAUGCUAAAAGUAUAAGAAAUGAAAUGGAAAGUAUGAUGACAAAUUUAAAAAACAGAUUCUCUAUUUUAGAAAAUGAGAACAGACUGUAAAAUCUAACUGUUAGAAUUCCAACUCAGUUUAACUAUAAUGAAUUAGUAGUAACAAUAAUAUAAUUUGACAUGAUUGCUGAUAUUUAUACUGAAGAAUUAUAUUAACACAUUGUUCAAAGUUUUAAUGACUCUUUAAUUAAUAGGCUUUCACUUAUAGAUCAAUACUAUAAACUUUAAUUUCUCAAAGCUAAUCUUAUCAACCAAAUAAUCUCAUCUUAAAAUUUAAUAAAUGAAAUUGUUGUUGAGAUUUAAAACUCACAAGGUAUAACUAUGACGAUACUCUAUAUUUUAUUGAGUUUUAAGUUAUGUUUUGUAUCAGGAGGCAUCUUUUGUUUAAUCUAAUUAUGGAAAAAACCUUUUUCAAUAAUUUAAUUGUAAGUCAAGCUCUUAAGUUAUAUAUCUGAAGAGUAAAUUAAAUUGAGUAUCAGUGCAGCUAAAGAAGCAAAAUAAUUAAUUUUUCAUCCCUAUAGAUGGAAAAGAACCAACUAUUUGAUUGAAUGCUAUCAAAAAACUGUUGUUUAGGAUCAAUAAGGCAUUCUUACUAAAGUGUAAAAUAAUAUGGCUGCUACCAAAAAGAAUAAAUAGAAUCUAUAAUUGCUUGACUACUAAUUUAAUUAUUUAAGUAUAUAUCUCAAAAAUUUCAUGUAUCUUAUAUUACUUUUAAGCUUUAUAUUAUCAAGUUUUUUGUAUAUGAAGUAUGGCAUAGAUUCAAGUUAAUAAGAAAUUUCACUCACAAUUUAAUUUGUUUAAUUCAAAUAGGACUUGGAUUCCUUGGUGAUUUUAAGUUAACUAAUAAAAACUAAUUCAAUUUUAUCAGGGAAAGUCCGUGAGUUGGGUUUUCUAGAUUUAAAUCCUGAACUUUUGGAUCCAAAUAAAUAUUUUCAUACAUUGGAAACCGAAUUAUUAGAUUAAUUCAAAAUAAAAUCAGAGAAAGCUUAAGAAGUUAACUAAUAUAUUUACUAAAGUAUAAUAAAUUCUAAGAAAAUAUCUACUAGUGAUAAAUAAAUACUCUAAGCCUUAUAUUAGGAGGACUUAUGUUCUGUGAUGGCAGAGGAACUUCCAUUUUGUAAUUUCACUAAUAAUUAAUUCUACUAUUUCCCAGAUUAUCCAACUCCAAAUAAUGGAGAUAACAAUAGAGAAAUCUUUAGGAAUGGAAUUAAUGGCAUUUUUUAAAAAUUAUUAGUGAUCCUUUAAUCCUAUUACUAAUAAGAAUUGCAAGGACUCAGAAAUACUGAUUAAAAUGAAACUGAAUAUUUGUUAUCGACCCCAGAAUUUAAGCAUUAUAUUUAAGAAUACUUUUUCGACAUUAACAAAGCUGUUGUUAAGUUUUAUGAUACUAUUUUAGGAUCAACAAUUGAUAUAUUACAAAAUGACUUGAUAAAUGCUCAAUUCUAUUAUUUAAUCUUUGGAAUAUCUGUUCUAGUUGUUUAGGGUACUUUAUAAAUAUAAAAUUUGUCCAAAAUACAAAAACUGGUCUAAGCUAGUAAAUUUGCAUUUAUUUUGAUGCCUUAGGAAUCUCUAACUGAAGCUAAAUGUAUAGCUAUAAUCAAAUCAAUCAUAUAUUAAUAUGAGCUAUGA